AUGCGUCUCCCCUCCAUCCUUUCUCUCUUCUUCGCGACCACGGCCUUCGCGGCUCUUCCGUACAAGGGCAUCGACUGGUCGUCGCUCCUCGUCGAAGAGAAAGCCGGCAAGCAAUACAAAAACUCAGCAGGACAAGUCCAACCCCUCGAGACCAUCCUCAAAAACACCGGCGUCAACACCGUUCGCCAGCGCAUCUGGGUCAACCCCUCCGACGGAAAUUACAACCUCGACUACAACAUCAAGCUCGCGAAGCGCGCAAAAGCUGCUGGUCUGAAGAUAUACCUCGACUUCCACUAUAGCGACAACUGGGCAGAUCCGGGGAAGCAGGUCGUGCCUGCUGCGUGGAAGUCGCUCAAUCGUGAAGCCCUAAUCAAGCAGGUGUACGACUACACCAAGACCGUACUCAACCGUUUCCAGUCAGAAGGUAUCCCGCUCAGCAUCGUGAGCAUUGGCAAUGAGAUCACUGCCGGACUUCUCUGGCCGAUUGGCCAGCUGAGCAACACAGAUGGCCCGAAGAACGUUGCCGCUUUGUUGAAGAGCGCAUCCAAGGCUGUCAAAGAAUCCUCCCUCUCGAGCAAGCCGAAGAUCAUGAUCCACCUCGACAACGGGUUCUAUUGGGGCACACAGGAAUGGUGGUACGACCAAGUUCUCAACUCCGGCGGCGGCCUCUCCCUUUCCGACUUCGAUAUCCAGGGCGUCAGCUACUACCCCUUCUACAACGCCGACGCGAACCUGGGUUCUGUCGCAUACUCCAUGAACCAAAUGGCCGCCAAGUACAAGAAAGAAGUGCAGGUCGUCGAGACAAACUGGCCUAGCAGCUGCCCCAACCCCAAAUACGCUUUCCCCGCUGAUACUAAGAGUAUCCCGAUUUCGGCCGCGGGCCAGUAUGUCUGGAUGCAGGAGGUUGCUAAGCGCGUUGCUGCUGUGCCUGGUGGCAAGGGUACGGGUAUCUUUUAUUGGGAGCCUAUGUGGAUCGACAACGCUGGUCUCGGUAGCAGCUGUGACUGGAAUCUUAUGGUACAGACUAAUGGUCAGGUUAUGGAGGGUAUGGGUGUGUUCAAGGUCAUCUAA